UUCUUAUGUAUUCCUUUGUUUUUUAAGCCAAAAGUUGUGAUCUUAACUGGGACCAAGGUGCACAAAUAGAAAACAGCAAUGCGCGUGCAUUUGCAUAUGGAAGUGCCCCAAAACACUCCCAAAAAUAACAGACGCCGCCGAAACAGGGACAUAAAAAAACACACUUGGCGUCAGUAGAUUUCAUUAAAAUUUCACCACAAUAUAGUUAAAAUGUUGCUCUAUCGGUAUGAAUACCUUUUUAAGUGGUAUGAAACCUGUAAAUGUGAAUAGCAAGAGGUUGAAAGCAAGGCCAAAGUUCCAGUAGCACACAGAGUCCCAAGAUCGCCGAAUGAUUUUUUUUUUCAAGUCUAAAGAGCUGCUAUAAACAUUCAACUACGCAAAAACAAUUAUGCCAUGGGCAAUAACCUUUCCUUGCACAUGCAAAAACAAUGCAAAGCACUGCCCCCACAAUCGCCCUGCAAAUCAAGCCAGCACACUCAUUGACUCAUUUAGAAAGCACCUAGAGGGCGCUUUUGCAACAUACCUACUGUAUGAACAUGAUGAAGUGAUCACCGUAGGACAAGCAGUGUUGCAGCCAUGUUGAACCAGCUCAAAUGUCCAUCUUAUGUAUUGACUUAUGCCAUAUAGGGAACAGGCCAAGGACAAGGUGAUGAUCUACUGUAUUACCAACUCACUCAUUGACAUCCCACCUACUACUUUCCUCACUCCAUCCACAUCUAUGCAUAGAGAUCAUUCUCAGAAGAUCCUUGUUCCCUUUGCCAGAACACUUGUCUACCAGAGGAGCUUCUUCCCAGAUUCGAUAAGACUUUGAAACUCCCUCCCCCACAGCACAGUUAAUUGUACCUCUUACUUGCACGCUGUAACCAAUUUUUUAUUGGAUAAUGUACAUACACUUGCACGCUGCACUUCACCAGUACGACAAUACACCAGACGGUGGACUACUCCAGAAGAAGAAUAUUGGUUCCCAAUAUCACGAUAAUGCCGAACUAGAUGUGUUACGGUUACGUCUUACCUCAGGCGAAUUUCGUGCAGACUCCACUUCACUACCGCUACACUACGCUCCACCUACCUGAACUUCGGGAUGGUGAACUCGAUCGGAUAUUCCGAGUGACAAAGAACAUUACAUCCAUCAAGAUGUCUCCUGUUGUAGCUCGUCUUGUGGAAUGUGUGCCAAACUUUUCAGAAGGCCAGUCUAAAGAGAUCAUAGAUGCCAUCAGUAGUACUGUAGCACAAACACCAGGAUGUCAACUCCUUGAUGUAGAUCCUGGUCCAUCAACCAACCGCACAGUCUAUACCUUCGUAGGCUCACCUGCAGCUGUCGUAGAGGGUGCUCUAAACAUGGCACGGGUUGCUAGGAGUCUGAUUGAUAUGAGAAUCCAUCAGGGUGAGCAUCCUCGUAUGGGUGCAUUAGAUGUGUGUCCAUUCAUACCAAUCAGUGGUGUUACUAUGGAAGACUGUAAUCAGUGUGCUGUAGAGUUUGGAAGAAGAUUGGGAGAGGAGCUUCAAGUUCCAGUGUACCUGUAUGCAUUCUCAGCGAAGCAGGAGAAGAGACGAAAGUUGCCUUCAAUCAGAGCAGGAGAGUAUGAAGGAUUGGAGGCCAAGCUGGCAGACCCAGAAUGGAAGCCAGACUUUGGUCCAACUGAGUUUGUGCCUACUUGGGGUGCCACAGCAACUGGAGCUCGUAAAUUUCUAAUUGCAAUGAAUGUGAAUGUACUUGGAACCAAGGAACAGUCUCAUCGUAUUGCUCUGGACAUAAGAGAGCAGGGGAGAGGUCAAGAUCAGCCUGGCUCUCUGAAAUCUGUCCAAGCAAUUGGUUGGUGGUUAGAUGAGUAUAACCUUGCACAGGUUUCUAUGAAUCUGACGGAUAUUGACCAGACUCCAAUGCAUGUAGCAUAUGAAGAAUGUGUGGCCAGAUCUAAGACGAUUAAUGUAGGUAUAUCUGGUACUCAACUUGUUGGUCUAAUCCCAUUGAGAGCUGUAAUGGAGGCUGCUGACUACUACUGCAAGAAAGAAAAUCUUUUCAUCAUGGAAGACUCACAGAAAGUCAGAUUGGUUGUUAAUCGUCUUGGUCUGAGUUCAUUAGAACCUUUCAAUCCAAGAGAAAAGAUCAUUGAGUAUAUGGUUGAUAGUGUUAGUGAUGGACCUCUUUCCUCUAUGACGCUGAAAUCUUUCAUCCUGAAUGUGGGAGCUAGGUCAUCUGCUCCUGGUGGAGGCUCAGUCUCUGCUGCUAUUGGAGCUAUGGGAGCUGCACUUGGGACCAUGGUAGGCUGGAUGUCAUAUGGAAACAAGAAAUUUGAAGCUCUGGACGGUACUAUGAGAAAGCUAAUACCCCCAUUGAGAGAUGCCAUGCACGACCUCCUCCCCAUGAUAGAUGCUGAUACAGCAGCAUUUUCUGCUUACAUGAGCGCUAUGAAGCUCCCAAAAGGCAGUGAUGAAGAAAAAGUUAUUCGAGAUGAAAGCAUGAAAGCUGCAAUGAAAGAUGCUGUAGCCGUCCCAAUGAAUGUAGCCAUUACUGUGAAUACAUGUUGGGAUACCAUGAAGGAAAUGGCUCGCUAUGGCAACAUACAAUGCAAGUCGGACCUUCAGGUUGGUUCUAAAGCCAUGGAGCUAGCUGUUUGGGGAGCUUAUUAUAACGUUAUGAUCAACCUGCCUAACAUAGCAGAUCAGGAGUACAGGGAUAAGGCUAAAGAAGACAUUGAGACUUUCCUGAAGGUGGCACAAGAUGGCGCAAGUGAUGUUUUGGAAAUCAUAGCAGAUCGCACAGAGUGAAUUAAUGAUGAUGCUCAACUGUGACAGGGUUGAACCAGUGUUAUGAUUAGUUAUUGAUGUGCUCUGUUCAUAGGUUUAGACCAAUGUCAUCGGGAUGAAUUUGCCCUCAUACCCAUUCUUGGGAAUUUCAGCUUUCAGUUUUCUGAUGUAGUAUUAAAGACAUUUAUUAAAUAGACUGAUGAAGGUCACAUACAUGUAGCUCGUAAUAAUAAUCAUCUGCCUUGCAAAGCUAUUUUGAAGUGUGGAAUUGAGUUUGAAUUUUACAAAAUGCAAUUUUGUAAACUGAUUGUAGCUUUCUUGACUUAUACAAGACUAAUUUUGUCAGCUGUUUCUCAUAUAGCCCCACCUUGGAUUGUAGGUUUGGAAAGUUUAUAUUCUUUCAUGACAGCAUUUCAUCAACAUUUGUCAACUGAAAAAAAAAUCAGAUCUUACAGCUUUCCUUAAUUUGGUAUGCUAAGAAGCACAAGUGAUUUGACUGUAUCUGUUAGAUGAAACUUCAAAUAAGUCCAUUCAUGAAAUGCUCCCCAAUUAAGGCCCAGUAGUCCUAGGUCCAUCUCCAAUCCAUUCGAUGUACGGUCAAGAGGCUAAUCUUUCUCACAAGGUUUAAUGUGAAUUACACAUACCACUGAUCUGCAGUGAGUUUUGAUAAGAGUGCUAUGAAACACCUUGAAAUAUCACCCCCUAGAUGUUUUCUUCUCAUGUAUCUGUAAUCCGUGAAUGCACUUCCAUUGACACAUUCAAACAUUACUCAUCUAUUCAAUGCUUCCUACUCUUAAUUGUUCCUGAAUCUAUUACUAUUAUAUUUGUACCUUUCUUUCUUUCUUUCCUUCCUUCCUUCCUUCCUUCCUUCUUCCUUCCUUCCUUUCACUGGCCUUGGGCACUUUGCCGAUUAGAUUUGGCGCAUUACAAAUCACAUACAUUAUUCUAUGCUAGAUGUAUGUCAUCAGGAAGCUGCAUUAUCUCUUUCUUCUCAUCCAGUGUAACCAUAGCUUGUAAGACCUAGAUGAUAAUCCACAGCAUUUAUAUUGUGCCAUAUCUAAAACAUUCAUAGGCUCAUCCAAUUAAGCUAAUUACUACACAUUUGCAGAAAUAAGUGAGUAUUAAAAGAGAAAUGCGUAGAGAUGCAGGAUGACAUGUUGAAUAUUUCUAAUUUUUUAAUUGUAUUGUAUUUUGCUAAUAAUAUCUAAGUCAAUGAAAUUAGUCCUUACAAGUAUUUUGAGUCAGCUGCCAACACUUUUCUUUUAUUCAAUAGUCUCUAUUUGAUUAUUGAACAGUAGGCUAAGUAGAUAAACUAUUAGAUAUUGGUCAUCCUAUGCAAAUUCAUAUUGAGCAAGAAAAUUAUUGAUAAUUAGUGAACUAAGAAUAUAUGACAUUUCAUAGUAAUUCAGUGAAAGAUAUCCAAAGACUUUAAUCCACUCCAUCCUGCCUAGUCAUUGUGCCUUAGUGUUGUACCUAGUGUACAAAAAUGUCUUUCACUUUCUGCAGUAAUAUAUAAGUGCUGAAAUACUUGCAUGUUUUUACAAUAUAUUCAGAAUACAGCUAGUUCUUUAAUAAAAAAAUACUUGCUUUAUGUACAUCUACAUGUAUUUAUGCACUAACAAAUAGUCUAAAUCUCAAAUUGUCCUAUACCAUUAUGACUAAAAUCACUAGGUCUAGUAUCAGUUUGGUCUAAUUAAUGUUUAGCCCAAUCAUCACCUAGUCUACCUG